AUGCAUCUGGAGGACCUGGCUGGAAAGAGGCGUCAAACUGGAAGGACAGAGCAGAGACCCAUUGAAAGUAUAAUCGAAGGAGUAAUGACGAAAGGACCCAUUUACAUUUAAAAGUCAAAAGGAAUCUCAACGAGCGAAGGAGAAACAAUUGACCACAUUAUGUUGCCGACAGCUGCCUCCCUGCUGUUGUUCUUGUUGGCUCACCUGUGUGUCGCUCAAGACGAAUACGUGGAGGUGAGCGCCAAGCCCGUUUCCCAUCCCACCAUCGUAGCCACUGCCUCGGUGCCCGUAGCCCAGACAAUGGGGCCACGCUCCGAGGGCGGCGGUCACAACAGAGAGGUCGUCGUAGACAACAAGACGGUUAAAGAUGCCACCCCCAAAGGGAAGCAGCCAGAUAGGAAUGCGCGUAAGCACAAAGAACCGGCCAGAGAGAAAACGAAAUCAACUAGUUAUGGCCAGGACACAGAGCAUGCUGUAGAUCGGCCCCAUGGGCCAGACUGUGGACGCUUCCUGGGUGCGCCUGGCCCACGUGGAUACCCAGGAUCAAUGGGCCCUCCCGGCAUUCCAGGAAAUCACGGAAAUAAUGGCAACAAUGGUUUGCCCGGCAGAGAGGGUUCAAAAGGUGACAGGGGUGAUAAGGGGGACCUUGGAACAAGAGGUGAGAGGGGCGUAUCGGGUCCCAAGGGAGAAAAGGGGCAGGCUGGCGUGCCAUCAGAGCUCAAGAUAGCGUUCAUGGCUUCCAUGGCAACCCACUUCACGAACCAGAACAGCGGCAUCAUCUUCAGCAGUGUGGAAGCCAACCUCGGAAACUACUUUGACAUCAUAACCGGCCGCUUCAAUGCACCUGUAACCGGGGUGUAUUACUUCACGUUCAACAUGCUCAAGCACGAAGACGUGGAGGAAACGGUGGUCUACCUCAUGCACAACGGCAACACGGUCAUCACUUUGUUCAGCUACGAAGUGAAGGGGAAGCACGACACAGCUGGGAAUAGCGCUGUGCUGCGGCUCAAGGAAGGCGACGAGGUGUGGCUGCGACUCGGCAACGGGGGAAUUCACGGAGACCACCAGCGCUUCUCCACCUUCUGCGGAUUCCUCCUCUUUGAGACCGCCUGAGCAUCUCCGCAACAGCAUCGUUUUUUUUAUUUCGUCUGCGUCCUUUUCCUUUUGUAUAUUCUUUUGAGUCGAGGUAAAGUGUAUGCUCUUUUGUAGCCGCUUAGAACAAAUUCAAUUAAACGUGUAUUUACUCGAAAGCCAAAUAAAUGGCCGGAUACAUUUUAGUCUACCAAAGCAAUAAUGCAAGUGUAACAUUAUGGUCAGUUGACUUGCAUACCUGAUGCUUAAAUUGCAUUUGGAUGUCAUUUAAUAUCAAUGUUUCUCCUAGUUUGGAACAUUACUUUUAAACAAACAUUUAAAUUAAUGUAUAGACUUAGCAUUGUAUUAAGGCCAGCAUACUUCGGCCCACAGUCAAUAAGGUGUGUUUAUAAUUUUAGCCAAAUAUGCUGAAAUCUCUGGAACAUUCUCUUAUAUUUUCCAGUUAACAUUGUGAGGCUAAAAUGUUUUUAAUUUUCUGCAUAGUUCUGAUUGACAGGAUUGUAUUUCUGUAUGCGGUGUUAUUUACAUUUCAUGAAUUCAUGGAUAAAUUGAUGUUGCUAUAGCUACCGUAGCAAUCUGAGCAUUUUCGUAACAAUGUACACUACCACAUGUUUACUUCUUCCGCAAUAAAAUGUUUUGGAUACAA